CAACAACAGCAGCAACCCCCGUCACAUCAACAGCAUGGCCUGAUUCUGUCUCAAGCAGGAAGUAGGAUGUCUCAAGACUAUUCUAACCCGCCUGUAUUAGGUCAAACAUCAUUUGAAAACUCCAUAAACUUUAAAUUUCUUGAGAUUAAUAGUCAGUUGAAUGGACUUCGUAAUGAAUUGACGGUUAUGAGUAACCGUUGUGAUAUGUUGCAACAGGAUUUGAAGGGCCUGAAUAAUGAUUGUCUUGCUAUCUUGGAAUUGUUUGAAAAUUGGGUAAGGAAUGAACAAGCUGAUGCACCAACUGACCGGGUAAAGUCUCCUAUGCCGAUCAAAGAAGAAGGGAUUCCGGUGUCAGCAUCUCCAAUGACUGUUUCGGAUAAGUUUAAAGUAUUGAGCGAUAUCCAAAACAUCAAAAAUGCCAUAAUCAAAAGACUGAAUCAACCUCAUAAUAUCCCACCACCUCCUCCUCAUCAUCAUCACCAUCUGCUGCAAUCAUUUCCAACCCUCCCUCCACCACCUCCUCCACCACAACAGCAACAACAGCUGCAACCGCCAACUACUUAUCAUUUAGAUUCAACUUCUCGUAAUCCUUCAAAUCCAAACAUUCAUAUUGUUCCUCAACCAUACCCUUUGAAUCCUCAAUAUUCCAUUUACAAGAAUGAGAAUGUUUUCCGUCCUAAACCAACCGAAGAAAAUGAUCCAACCAGAAGAAAUAUGUCAGUGUAUGAUCCAUUGCAACCAGUUCCUUCUAGACAUAAUUCCCGGGUAUUGAUCGAAGAUCCAAGCUUGCCACCUCUACCAUCAUUAGCACCAUCCUCUAAUGUAUUGGGGCAACCUCCUUUCAGAUUGAGAGCUGAGUCUACUUAUAGCCCAUUAUCCAUGGCUGGUGCCAAACAACAGCAGCAGCAACAACAACAACAACCACAGCAACAACAACAACAACAAACUGGAUCACCAGUCCUGCAAUCACAUCCACCUCCACCACCAAGUCACUACUCAACUCCUUCAAGUACUCGUUCCUCAUUAGAACUGAAGAAACCAGCUAUUCAUCCUGAACCUUACCAACCAUCUCAAACACCAUCAUCGACAUACCCUCCACUUGGAUCUAGAACAAAUUCGUUGCCUACUCCCCGCACUGAGAUAUACAACCCACAAGGUGGAUACUUUCACCAACGGAACUCAUUCACAUCAAUGUAUGAACCAAAAUAUAGCCCUCUCCCACCUCUGCAACAAUCUUCACAAACCCAAUCAAAUGGAAUCAGACAUGGAUCCCCUCCAAGAAGUAUCCCAGAACAAUUACCCAGUGUUAGUGAAUUAGACAAGUCUAUCAAAAUUGGCAGCACCGGUUCUGUAGGUGGAAGUGUUGGUUUACCUCCGUUGUUUAAAAAGAAUAAUGAUAUUGGUGAUUCUGAUUUGAAAAAGAGACGUUUAGAUUGAAAUUUUACUGUGCUUAUAUGUAAAUAUAUUAAUUUGUAUAAUUUUUGAAAUAUAUAAAAAUCUGUAUUUUUACUCAUUUGUACUAAUUUUGUACUUUGAUAUCCCUCUUCAAUGGCUCAACAUAUUCAUUUUCCAAUUCAUCCUUGACAUAGACGAUAUAAUAUGGAGUAGCAGUGUUUCCCUCGAUGAAAUUAAACACUUCACUAGCAGGAACUUCAGUCACAAUUUCAUCGUUAUAUUUCCGGAAUAUGUUAUUGUUAUGAGGAUCCUUAAUGUAAACCCAAUAAUGGCCAUAGCUUGCCUCACCACGAUGAAUAAAUAUAGCAAAUAUAGAAUAGCCAAUUGAUCUAUAACUUUCAAAUUGACUGGAAACUUGCAGGUGAAGCUUGUCUAAUUUAGAAUCAAUGUCAACGAGUUUUUCUUUCAAGUUGUAAAUUUCUUGUUGAAGUACUUGGAUUGUGGUUAAUUCCACCGAGAGUUUGUCAUCUUGAAUAAUUCUACUUUCAAGGUACUUUUUGGUGGUGGUUAAAGUAUCUAUAAUCGACAUGGAUGUGUCUUGAUCAAUAUGAAGGAUAUCCUUUUUUGUUUCCAUUAAUUCAUUGAUUUCUCGUUUCCAUUUAAAUACUUCUUCUCUCUUUUGUAAAAUUUCAGGAUCUUGGGUAUCCAAGUAUCUAUCAAGAUAUAUGGUAUCACUGAAUGGAAUAGGUUCAAUUGAUUUAUAUGCCAUAAGCUUUUCUCGAUCAAACAUUACUCUUUGAACGUGAAAUUGCAAGAUAUCUGGUAACUCAUUUAUGGUAAUACUUCUUUUAAAUAAUCCUUCAUCCAACUUAACAACAUCUUCAUUGAAAUAAUAAUCAAGGGCAUCAUAAAUACUCUUGGGAUGAUCACUAACAUUGAUAAUUAAACUAAAGAAACGUUCCAAUGAAACUCUUGGUUUUUCAUCUGGCUUUUCUAAGGAAGUAAUUGUUUGCUUGGUCUUUCCAUAAAAUAGUUUCUUGAUUAUAUCAUACUGCUCUCCAUCUUUAUCCACUUCAUGUGGUGGUAAUACUGUUUCAAUUUGGAAAAUCACAUUUUCAAUACAUUCAGUAACAUCUUGUUGACGGCCAACUUCAAUCGUGCUUUCCAUUUGAUCAGUCAGGAUAGGAAGUAAUUCUGGGCCUGGUUUAUUCUCGGAUACGAUUUCGCGUUCAAGUUCUACUUCCAUAGCUAGUUCUGUC